CUUAGUGUGUAAAAGAGUUUUUCUGCGUGUCUGUCCGUCAAAUAUAACAAGUAUCAAGGUUUGGAGUUAUCAGUAGAUUUUAUGUUAUCGUACAAAUUCUACAGCAGAGUGUAAAGACGGAUCAAGGUGUCAAAUUGCCUUUUUUCUGUUGAUACACGACUGACCUAGCUGUGAGAGAACAGAUAUACGACAUUCACAAUGGGAUAAAUUAGUGAUUCGGAGAAAAAAAAAUGAAAAGACUGACACCCAGGUGUUAAAUCGCUAUGUUCCAUGUCGGUUCAUUCUUCAAUUAUGAAUAGUGUUGUUUUGGAAAAGUUUACCAGCCGGUUGAUUACUCUUAAGGGAUAUUUAUAUUUUUUUUGCAACGAAACUUGUUUUUCAAUCUCAACACUUAAUUUAUACCUUUAGAUAACCAUUAUCGUUCUGAAAGUUGAAAGGAUGGAUCUAUUUUUUGUGUGAUGGUAGUCAUAUAUAUAUAUUUAUCAAGAAGUGACAAUGAAAGGAUAUGCGGGGUUUAAUAUUAUUUCGGACUUUUAGAAAUUGUCGGAAGAAGUUGUGGUACCACGUCCUGUUGAUUGGAUGCUUACUUCUCGUUAUAAGUGUUCUUAGUUUCAAUAGUCGAGUCCUGUUACAAAACGGGUUUAGUUCACCAAGCUCCUCAGUAGAGGAGUUUUAUUCCAAGCUUCCAGACUUUGGAUAUCAUAACAGAAACUUGCGGAAUAUCUUGCCAUACGACGGUACACACCGACGACGAAAUGAUCAACCAACGAGAAAAUCCCUUAACAAAGCGUACAGACUUUCAGAUAAUUGGAACAUGACUUUGACAUCUGAAUCUAGUCAAGCGAAAGUCCUGAUGGAAAGGGACAACGAAGAACUAGAAGAGAGUGGAAGUGUAAGAAAACGACGUCUUCCCCAAGCUAUAAUCAUUGGGGCGAAAAAGAGUGGGACUCGUGCCUUGUUGGAAUUUCUACGUGUCCACCCAGACGUCCAGGCUACUGGUCCAGAGCCACACUUCUUUGAUAAACACUAUCACAAAGGACUUGAGUGGUACAGGAACAUGAUGCCAGGGACGCUGCCACAUCAGUUGACGAUAGAGAAAACCCCCAGCUACCUCAUCACAAAGGAGGUGCCAUCUAGGGUUUACAGAAUGUCAAAUUUGACCAAACUAGUCUUAGUGGUGAGGGACCCAGUCACCCGUGCCAUUUCAGACUAUACACAGAUUCUCAGCAAACAUGGAGGAAAAGUCAAGUCUUUUCAAAGCUCUGCUUUUUUGAAUAACGACACGACUAAAAUUAAUACGUCAUGGAUUGUGAUAAGAAUCGGUUUAUAUGUCAAGCAUCUAGAGAAUUGGUUAUCUGUGUUUCCCUUGGAACAGAUUCAUUUUGUUCACGGCGAAAACUUAGUGACGAAUCCGGGGGAGGAAAUGAGGAAAGUGCAGGAGUUCCUAGGGUUGCGACCUUUCUUAACGGAAAAACACUUCUUUAUGAACAAAACCCGAGGGUUUCCGUGUAUCAGAAAAACUAUAAACAGCAAGCGGUGGCACUGUCUGGAUGAGAGCAAAGGUCGUAAACAUCCCACAUUACCCGCCAAAGUUAUUUCCUCUCUCAGACGUUUUUAUCGCCCCUAUAACGCCAAAUUUUACAAGAUGACAAAUAUCAAUUUUCACUGGACGUAGCUCUUCGCCAUUACUCUAUAGGCGAUCAGAUUAACCUUUUCCCUAUUCAAAGACUGGGUUAUGAUUGCUCUUUGAGAGGUUGUCAGUAGCCUUAAUUAGUGGUGAAAAUGAUUAUCUGUUAUGUUUUUAUUGUGUAUUAUUAUGUAUUUCAUUUCAGUGGCAAUUCAUUUGAUUGAGGAAAUGAAUCAGUCGCAUGUCAAAUGAUUGUAGGCAAUACGGGUGGAUUUAUUAUUUUUUGUUUCCAAUAAUUUUUCAGUAUAACGUUAAACACUAAACUAUAUGUGUGUGCUGGAAUAGAGGAGAAUGUAUUUUCAUUUUUAAAAUAUUCAGUCUGUUGAAGGUAUCCUCUGACAAUACUCAUUUAUAUACUGAUGUCAGUAAUUCAGUAACUAUACAAACUAAACAUGUCAGUAAUUAUACAAACUAAACAUGUCGGUAAUUAUACAGACUAAACAUGUCAGUAAUUACACAGGCUACACAUGUCAGUAAUUAUACAAACUAAACAUGUCAGUAAUAUACAGGCUAAACAUGUCAGUAAUUAUACAGGCUAAAAACGUCAGUAAUUAUACAGGCUAAACAUGACAGUAAUUACACAGACUUAAAUGUCAGUAAUUAUACAGAUUUAAAUGUCAGUAAUUAUACAGACUAAACAUGUCAGUAAUUAUACAGGCUAAACAUGUCAGUAAUUAUACAGACUAAACAUGUCAGUAAUUAUACAGGCUUAACAUGUCAGUAAUUAUACAGGCUUAACAAGUCAGUAAUUAUACAGGCUAAACAUGUCAGUAAAAACUAAACGUCAGUAAUUAUACAGCCUAAACAUAGUAAUUAUACACACUAAACAUGUCAGUAAUUAUACAAACUAAACAUGUCAGUAAUUAUACAGGCUAAGCAUGUCAGUAAUUAUACAGGCUAAACAUGUCAGUUAUUAUACAGACUAAAAAUGUCAGAACUAAUUUUGAUAUGAACAUAUAUGGGCUUAAACAUAUAUUCAGAGACUUUGAUAUUUAUGAAUUCUUGAAAAAGUAAUAGAGAAUAUUGUUACUUUUGUUUUGUUUUUUGUUUUUUUUUUUUUGCAUCUGUAGCAUACAGGAAGUAUCUUCAUCGAGGAUAUUACAUUCUUUUUUUUCGCACAGAAACCACUUUGUUUUAUAACUUGAAGAACUUUGUCUUCAAGAUUUCGCGUUCUUUAUUCUAUUAAUUGAUCAAAUUCAAAUUCAUUUUUUUUUCAAAUUCCUACAUUGCAGACAUGAAUAGAACAUCUCUUAGUAUAUCUUUCUUUAAAAUAAGUUACAAACUGAGAGUGCCUCGAAGAUCAUCCUUACAUUUUUUACCCUACAUUAAUUUUUUUUUCAUAUAAUUCAGACAUUCACAAUAUAAUCUACUAGACGAUAAAAUUUAUUCCGAUGACAAAUGUCUGAAGCAUUUCCUUUAUACAAGAUGACAUGAAGCAACCUUGAUAAGAUAUUGGUUGGAGGAAAUCCUUUUUUAUUUACUUUGUAUUGAAGAAAUGAUUUUUUAUCAACACGAAGAAUGAAUUUUUCCGUUAUGUUUGAAGUCUUUAAAUAAACGAUUUUUUGUUAUCUA